GGAAGUCUCGUGAAAAUUUAAUCGUAAUAAUUUAAUUUAUCAAUUGAAAAUGUAAUUACACGAAACCCAAAUCAAUAAAUCGGAAAUAAGUCGGAUUCACCGAUCCCAUCUUUAGUGAUUCGAAUAAACUCUUUCAAAUGCAAAAAACCAGUGUGACAGCAGCGUAUUAUGCCUAAUAGUGAUUCGUCCGGUGGAAUCUACACCCCCCUUCCGCAAACGACGAUAACCGAUUCCGAGAGCGAGGAAGAUUUGCUGCAACGGCAUCAUCAGACCCAGCACCAGCAUCGAGUGGCCGCGGUGCACCAUCAUCAGAACGGAGGAAGAUUUGGGAAGAGCAGAGUGUCGACGACGACGACCACGGCGAUUGCAAUGAAUGGUACCGGAGGACCACCGGGUAAAGCGAAAAUGCAAGGAAACAACCGGAACUAUGGUUUCGGAGAAGACAAUGGAACCGCAGUUUGUAACAGCUUGUAUAAUGGGUUGGCCAGUCCGAGCGAUGUCGAGGAUGCAAGUGGAGUGUUUCAUCCGGAUAAUGUAGCGAUUCUGCACGAGGCUGGAGGGAUUUCCAAGAGGAAGAUGUCAUUCCCGCGGAAGUGCUGCUUUGUGGCAUCGUUGGCCGUUUGCUUCCUAUCGUUGGUGGUGUUUCUGUGGGUGAUUCCGUGCUCGGAUGAGUUUGCCUGUCCGGCGCGAGCGGAACGGAUUAAGACGCAAAAUUGGAUCCGGAACUACGAGAAGAUCGAGCUGAAGGGAGUUAUCAACGUGGUGGAAGGAGUUCAUGGUAAGAGUAAGAAUUUGAUUUUUAUGUACCGCGGAGAUAAGCUGUUUCCGGAGUUUGAGGAUUCCUAUAGGAGGAGGAAUGGAAUAAUAUCGUUGAUUGGGAGUACCGGAAAGGUGGCUUGGUACGAUCAGAUGGCGAACGAACCGAAGAGUAUCGAUUGUACGCUGAUCGAUGCGGAUUUGAAUGGAUCGCCGGAUUGCCUGGUGAUGGAUGAGUACGGCCAGCUUGAGUGCAUCAAUCCUUUAUCUGGAGAAUGGAUCUGGCAUACACCGAUCUACGAUCGGAAGAGUAUUCUGAAGCAAAAUGAUUUGCUGGAUUUCCCAUUGGUUAUACCGGAUGUAGAUGGAGACGGUGUGAAGGAUCUGUUUUUCAUCACGAGCUAUGGGGAAUCGAAGCAUAACAAAUUUGUGAUGAUAUCCGGAAGGAUGGGUGAGCUUAUUGGCGAUUCCCAUAUUGUGAAGGAGUGCAUCUAUGUCCACAAACUGAUGAUCGACCCGGAGUACAAUGUCAUGUUCAACUGCGUCAAGGAGAAGUCGGAGCAGCAAAGAUCCAAGCCUCUGGCAGAAUUGUACAAACUGAUCAAACACAAGGCAUUGGAUAUGAGGAAGAUCACAAAGAAGGUCGACCUUCAGCAGCACAAGUUCUUCGGUCAACGAAAGAACACUGAAAAGCAGAGAACAAUUACCGCGGUCGGAGGUAAACAGUUGGUAAUCGAGAACCGAGGAAAAUGUCCGGAAAAUUGUACCACUUCAGUUCUGCUGACAGUAGAAUCCACCGGGACGGUUCUUUGGAACGCUUCCAAGAGACAGCUGUACGGAAUGCAACCUGUCCGGUUGACAUUCAGCAACUUCGGCACGGACAAUCGGUCUACAAUCUAUGGUUUUGUGCUCAAGUUCUGGGAAUGGAGCCUGGACGAAGUGGACAACCAUAGCACUCGAAACAAGCGUUCUACCAAGGAACGGAAUAUUUUCUCCCAUGUUCUAGUCAAGAAGCAAGCAUGGGUCCUUCCGGAUCAGGACAACGGUCCCGAGACGUCCUCCAAGGUUCGACGAAGUGUAAAUCAAACCCUACGCCCCGGGACUUAUAAAACGCGAAUGCGUUACCUCAAAGAAUCCGUUACGCUAAUCAUAUUCAAUUCCACCCAUUUCAAAAUCGAAAAUACCAGCCAAUCGAACGUGAUUCAGUUCUGCCGCGAAAACGUCAAGGACAAGUCGGACGUCGUGUGCCAACCGGAUCUGAACUAUCAGGAAAACUCGCUGCUUAUUGCAGACCUAGAUGCCGAUGGCUCCCAGGAGCUGGUGUCGUACUACUCUACCUUUGUGAAGGCGGAACCGGAAGCGGGUGAACGGUCCGGAAUGAAGCUGAAGACGUUUGUUCAGCUGCUUCGGCUGGAGUCCGAGCUUCCCAAGUUGUACAAUACCAUGGAACCGAUCAAAAACAUUACGGUCUAGUGAGAUUCUGAAGGGAGAGAGGAGGGGUGAAGUGAUGUGUGAUCUCAUGCCUAGUCAUACUUUUAGUAGAGUUAUUAAGCCUAACGUUAGGACGGAGAAUCUCAGUUAGUGUGUGUUUUAUCGUAGGAAACGAAAGUGGUAGUGAAACCUUAGGACCAGUUUGGACAAAAGAUUUUAGCUCGCAAAAACCGUUGACUGUAUGUUUAUAUCGCACCAUCCAUUUAUUCUAAAAAUUAGAUGUGCACUUAGCUAUCUACCUACCACGAGUUACAGACUAUGUAAGGGAAACCAAACCAAAGCAAAAAUAUGUUAGUCACUAUUAUUCGUAGAUGUGCAUCAGCAGCACCAGCAGUAUUAUGACGAUGACAGUUUGAAAUACAUUAUUCUAGAUUAGA